ACAGGGUUCAGUAUGGGUUACUGGGAGUCUAUAAAAACCAUCUCUUUUUAAUGACAGUCUGGCCAUCGCCUGGCAAUCUGCCCCACCAUCCAGCUCCUCACUGUAGCAAUACUCUGGCUCUGGCCCUUUGCCAGUAUCUGUAAAGGGAUCAGGGCAUAUGAGCUUCACAGUGGCUCUCGAGGUCUCCUUAUUCUGGCACCUUCUCUGGGAGGCAGGCUGUCACCUCCGCAGAAAGCCACUUCGCAGCCUACAAACUUUACCUUCCAACCAAGGUUGUAUUAAUAGGAGAAAGCCCACACAUUCUGAAGCAUUUUAAGGAAAUUCAUCAUAAGCCCCUGGAUGAAAAGGCAACAGGAAACCUGCAGUGCCUGGUAGCGGCUUCCCACGUGGCAGGAAGAGCUGACCCUUGGGCCAACUGCUCAUGAUUGGGAGAAAUAAAUGGAACUCUACGGGUGGAAGACUAAAUGUAAAACUGCAAUCAGAUAAAUUACAACAUAGAUGUGGCCCAGAUUAUUCUUCAUCAGCAUGGUUACCUGGUAAUGAAUCAUUGUGGCAGGCCACAAGUGUUACAUCUAACCAUCGAAAUAAUCAUAUCAGGAGACAUAGUAUAACUUCUGACAGUGGUGACACCGGCAUUGGAACUUCCUGUUCUGACAGUGUGGAAGAUCAUUCAACUUCAAGUGGCACAUUAUCUUUUAAGCCUAGUCGAUCAUUGGUUACUCUUCCUACUGCCCAUGUCAUGCCGUCUAACUCUAGUGCUUCAGUUUCCAAACAUAGGGAAUCAUUGACGACAGAUGGCACAAAAUGGAGUGCAAGCCUCAUGCAAACAUUGGGAAACCAUGGCAGGGGAGAGCAGGACUCUUCACUAGACAUGAAGGACUUCCGGCCUCUACGGAAAUGGUCAUCUUUAUCCAAACUCACUGCCCCGGAUAACUGCGGCCAGGGUAGCGUUGUACAUGCUGAUGAGUCAAGGAGUGGUUUGGAAAAGACAGGGAGAGCCAAGGUUUUAACGUCUCAACUAAGAACAAUUGGGCCUAGCUGCUUACAUGAUAGUAUGGAGAUGCUUAAGCUAGAGGACAAGGAAAUAAAUAAAAAACGAUCAUCAACUCUGGACUGCAAAUAUAAAUUCGAGAGCUGUAGCAAAGAGGACUUUAGAGCUUCUUCCUCCACCCUUAGGAGACCAACCUUAGACAUGACAUACAGUGCCUUACCUGAAAGUAAGCCCAUUAUGACAAGUGCAGAGGCCUUUGAACCUCCGAAAUAUUUAAUGCUAGGUCAACAGGCAGUAGGUGGAGUUCCCAUUCAGCCUUCUGUGAGGACACAGAUGUGGCUUACGGAGCAGUUGCGGACAAACCCUUUGGAAAGUAGAACUACAGAGGACUCUUACAGUUUAGCUCCUUGGCAACAGCAGCAAAUUGAAGAAUUUCGACAAGAAAAUGAAACACCAGUGCAGGUUUUGACUGGAUUGUCUCGUCAAAGUUAUUCACCUUCUGGCUAUCAGGAUUUCAGUAAGUGGGAAUCAGUGCUGAAAAUAAAAGAAGGACUGCUAAGGCAAAAAGAAAUUGUAAUUGAUCGGCAGAAACAACAAAUUACGCACCUACAUGAGAGGAUAAGGGAUAAUGAAUUACGGGCACAACAUGCCAUGUUGGGACAUUAUGUAAACUGCGAAGAUUCUUAUGUGGCUGGUUUGCAGCCACAAUAUGAGAACAGUUCACUCCAGACUCCAUUUUCUGAUCAGUCAGUGUCCCAUUCCCAGCAAGAGGAACUUGAGCAAAAGCUUGCGUCUACUGAGAAGGAGGUUUUGCAGCUCAAUCAGUUUCUCAAACAAAGAAUAAGCCAAUUUAGUGAAGAGAAGAAGAAACUGGAAGAAAAGCUUAAAACCAGAGAUAGAUAUAUCAGUAGCCUGAAAAAGAAAUGCCAGAAGGAAUCCGAACAAAACAAAGAGAAGCAGAGAAGAAUUGAGACCUUGGAAAAGUAUCUGGCUGAUCUUCCAACUCUAGAUGAUGUACAGAGUCAGAGUCUACAGCUUCAGGUUCUAGAAGAAAAAAAUAAGAAUUUGCAAGAGACUCUCCUAGAUAUGGAAAAAAAGCUUGAAGAGAUCAAAAAGCAGUGUCAAGAAAAAGAGGCACAGCUAAUAUGCCAGAAGAAGAAAGAAAAGGAGUUGGUAACUACAGUUCAGAGCUUGCAGCAAAAAGUAGAAAGAUGCCUCGAAGAUGGAAUUCGCCUUCCCAUGUUAGAUGCAAAACAGCUUCAGAAUGAAAAUGAUAACCUGAGAGAACAAAAUGAGAAUGCUAGUAAGAUAAUAGACAGCCAACAAGAUGAGAUUGAAAGAAUGAUUUUAGAAAUUCAGUCUAUGCAGGGGAAACUUUCUAAAGAAAAAUCAACUACUCAAAAGAUGAUGGAAGAGCUGGAAAAGAAAGAAAGAAACCUACAGAGAUUAACAAAAACUUUGCUUGAUAACCAAAGGCAAACAGAAGAGACAUGCUCCUUAUUGGGUCAGGGCCAGGAAGCAGACCAAUCCAGGCAGCAGACAGUACUUACCAAAUGGCCACUAUCUGAUUUGAGUGUGAUUGAUCAGCUGUUCAAGGAAAUGUCCUAUUGUUUGUUUGAUUUGAAGGCAUUGUGUAGUAUUCUCAAUCAGCGAGCUCAGGGCAAGGAGCCUAAUCUUUCGUUAUUACUGGGAAUCAGAUCAAUGAACUGUUCAGCUGAAGAGACUGAGAAUGACUAUAGCCCAGAAACACUCAGUAAAAAAUUGUCAGAUGUAUGCCAGUUACGGAGGGACAUCGAUGAAUUAAGGACUACAAUAUCCGACCGCUAUGCUCAGGACAUGGGAGACAACUGCAUUACCCAGUGAUCAGCUCUUGGUCCCACAGCAAUAACGACCCAUUGUUAAAUGCUGCUGUGUUACAGUUCUUCAUAUUUCUGUUUAGGAGCCAUAAUGGAAAGUCACAAGUGAUAUAUAGGACUUUUUUUUUCUGUGGAUUUGUUUUCCUGGGGGAGAAAGCGGAUUUGAUGAGGCUUCAAAGGGGGCUUAUCUAAUCAGGCCAAAAAACCAAAUUACUAUUUGAAAAAUGUGAUGAAGUAUACAAGAAAAACAAAAAAUCGGUCUUCUCAUACUACUGAUUGUAGGACCAAGCUGUGAAUAGUGCCCUUCAGAUAAAUGGAUAGGAUUUCUUUUUAUCUGUAGCUGUGUGUGUGCGUGUGUGCGCACAUGCGUGCACAUGUGUGUUUAUUCACAAAAUUACAAGGAUUUCUAGGGUCAAAGCAAAGCUUCCGAGAAAGGCACACACUGUUUAUUCCUGUAUUUCUUUUCUUUUAUUAGAAGCUUGUGUUGUUCUUUGGGGUUUUCAAGGGCUGGCUGAACAAGAGUUCCAACAGCAGGCAAGUGUUUUAGUAGGAGUACAGCUGGCAAAACCAUUUGUCUUUUGAACAACCACUGUGCUGCGAUGAUGAGGUUAUGGGUUUGGGUUGAUUUAGUACUGUGGGUAGGUCAGCUAUUUUUCCAGAGUGAUUAUGGGUUGCCUUAGAGGUAUGAAAUUUUGAUGUGAUAAUCUUUUCAUUAGCAUUGAAAUUUAUAUAUCACAAGGCAACUUAACAUAAUUUGAACUAAUUUUAACAUGUCCCUUACUAUUAACAAUUUUUAAUUUACAAUAAUCAAUGUAAACAAAGCCAUAAAGAAUUAAUGCUAACCAUCUAAAGCCAUUGUUGUAAAAGAAGGAUUAACAAAGUCACUCUGGAGCAAUAGUUUAUUUAUCCAUUUCUCACGUUUACAUUUUAAUAGUUUUGUAUGUUUUAAAGUUUAAACUACUUUAAGAAAAAGCCAACCUGUAUUCUUGAUAUCUGAACUAUCACAAACAUAAAACAAUAUCAAAACCAGGUGAUAUUUCAAUUAUAUUUAUUAGGUAAAGUACAUUAAAAACUGGGUUU